AGUAUCUUUAAACGGUCAAUGCCGAUCUCGAUGCCUCACUCCAGUUCGGUGGUCGAGAAAGGAAGAUGGAGAAUACGGUGGUGGGCGCUUUUGGUCACCCCAGCUUGGUUGCAAGGCGAGCCUCUCUGAGAAGAAACAAGAAGUCUUCACGUCUUCCCGCCGGUGCCGCCGCCUCUUACCGCCUGAACUCUCCCUCUCGCAGGAUCAAGGCGGUGGACACAAACUCGCAGGACUUGAAUGUCCACUUGGAGGCACGGGCUGAAAGUGCGGCGGAUACCAUCAAUCCUGCAUUGAAAGGCUCGGUGUGGCCUUCCCCUAGUGAUGAAACUCCAUUUUGGAAGAAAGAAUUCCCUACUUGGGAUGUCAGCGUCGAGGUUCCAGCUGAUGUGGAGAAGGAUUCCGAUCUCAUGCACAUCAUCCAUGUUACUGCUGAAAUGGCUCCUAUAGCCAAAGUUGGAGGUCUCGGUGAUGUUGUGACUGGACUUGCUCGCGCAUGCCUGUCACGUGGUCAUACGGUUGAUGUCGUGCUUCCUUUCUACGAAUGCAUCGAGAAGCGACAGAUUACCGAUCUCACGUUGAUAACUACAUAUAAUUCAUUCCAUGAUGGAGAUUGGAUACCGACUAAUGCAUAUCGUGGGGAAGUUUCUGGCAUUCCCGUCAUAUUUGUUGAACCGUCUAAUCAAUUCUUUAAAGGGAAAUAUGUAUAUGGGGGUUCAUACAAUGAGCUGGAAGCGUAUAUAUUCUUCAGCCGUGCUUGCCUUGAGUGGAUGCAGGUGACUGGAGUGCAGCCUGAUAUUAUUCACGUCCACGAAUGGCAAACAAGUGCUUUGCCACUGCUUUACUGGGAUAUGUACCAUCAACUCUCACUUAAGAGACCAAGAAUAACAUUGACUAUCCACAAUAUGGAGCAUUAUGGUGAAUGCAGACAAGAGCAACUCAGUAAAUGUGGUCUCGAUGGUGCAAUUUAUGCGACUACUGAUAAGGCAGUAGAUGAUCGAACAAUUGGUCAUAAUCCCGAGAGAUUGAGCUUGCUGAAAGGAGGAAUUGUUUACGAUAAUGCAGUACUGACGGUCUCCCCGACCUAUCUCAAGGAAACACUUUGCUCGGGAUGGCUUUCUAGCACAUUGAUAAGAAACCGAGAUAAGUACUUUGGCAUACUGAAUGGGAUAGACACUGCAAUCUGGAAUCCUGCCACUGAUAUCUACUUGCCUGUUAAAUUUAAUGCUCAAAAGCUAGAAGGCAAAAAAUUCUGCAAAAAUUAUGUCCAGAAGGGGCUUGGCUUACCUGUAGAAAGCGCAGGGAUAGUGGAGGGCAAAGAUGUGGUUAAUGGAACCCAGCGGAAGGUGCCCUUGGUUGUCUGUAUUACUAGAUUGGUUGCUCAAAAGGGGCUUCAUUUGAUCACUCAUGCAAUUAAGAACGUCGAGGAACUCGGUGGACAGAUGGUUGUAUUAGGAAAAGCUCCUGAUGAUCGGGUAGAAAGAGAGUUCAAAGAUCUCGCAGACUUGUACAAUGAAGGUCCUGCAAUCCGUAUUCUUCUUAUGUACAGUGAAGAGCUGUCCCACAUGCUCUAUGCUGCAGCUGACAUGGUGUUAGUCCCUUCUUUGUACGAACCUUGUGGACUUGCCCAAAUGAUUGGAAUGAGAUACGGCGCAGUGCCAACAGUGAGGAGAACUGGUGGUCUGGCUGACACGGUCUUUGACAUUGAUGAUCACUCAAACAGCCACAUGGCAAAUGGGUUCGUCUUCGAUGGAAUUGAUGAAGGGUCCUUGAACGGAGCUUUAGACCGUGCGUUUUCUCUUUAUAAAAACAGGCAAGAAAUUUUUUGGUUACGUGACUUAAUUUAUAACUGCUGUUGCAGAACCAGAUGAAUGGACCGGCCUUGUGCGGAAGGCGAUGGAGAGAGACAACAGCUGGAACAACACUGCAGGGAACUACAUUGAAGUCUAUAAUUCCGUAAGAGUGCGAUGAUAGCUCAAUAGAACGGGCUGAU